AUGCCGCACACAAAGAACACGCGCUUUAACUUGGCUCAAUUCAUGAAAGCUCGCAAGGUUGCAAGGGAGAAAGCUGUUGAUGAAAAUCGCAAGCUAUCGGCAGAGUACAAAAAAGUCCAGCGAGCCCAAGAAAAGGUGAGAUAAAUUUGUCCAGUAUUAAUGUUUUGGGAAGAUUUUUAUUUUCAAUAUCAGAGAAUAUUGUAACAAAGGAUUAUAGGAAAGUGGUGGAGGUCCAUGUGUAGGGAGGCUUGAAUUUCAAUUUUGACAGGGUAAAGAAAUUCAAAAUAAUAAUAAUGAUAAUAAUAAUAAUAAUAAUAACAAUUAUUAUUAUUAUUAUUAUUGUAGUUUAUUAUUAUUAUUAUUAUUUUUAUUAUUAUUAUUAUUUUUAUUAUUAUUAUUUUAAUAAGAAUUAUUUUUAUUAUGAACUGGGUAAUCAUGGUUUGUUUAAACCUCGCUGUACUUCUCUACACAAACACUUGUUAAUAUCCCCCCCCCGCACAAGCUUUUUAUGUGUUUAAACUCUAAAUGACACUUAAAAUUAACCAAUCAGUGCUUAUGAAAUCACUUGUAUAAUAAUUGCUUUCAGUUGGCCACAGUCAGGGAACACUUCAAAGACAUAACAAAUGAAUUAGAAAAUAUUCCUGUGAGUAUACUCUUGAUUCUUUAUUGUGGUUGUUUUACCAGUACCAGUAAGUAUGCAGCAAAAAACUGCUGGGCGUAACCUCCAACUAAGUCUGUAGGUUUGCAUUGAUUAGUGGUUGGAUGAGGUUUAAUUUUAUGCCAAAUUUUAUUAAUAAUGUGAACAGAAAAAUAUUCAAUUUUGUAAAAAUAAAAAAAAAUAUUUUGCAAGUUCAAUUUCGGUGAACUAACCACUUAACACAGAGCCAGUGCCAGAAUGACAGCCAUGGUCAGGCUUCUAUGCCGGUACCUAUGCAAGAAACCUGAGCGAGUGCCUGUGUUCAUUUGGUUAGUAAAGACUGUCAUAAAUGACAGUGUCUCUAAAUUAUUACCACACUCUUAAUUCUUUAUUAUGGUUGUUUUAGCAGUAAGUAUGCAGCAAAAACUGCUGGGCACAACCUCCAACUAAGUCUGUAGGUUUGCAUUGAUUAGUGGAUGGAUGAUGUUUAAUUUUAUGCCAAAUUUUAUUAAUAAUAUGAACAGAAAAAUAUUCAAUUUUGUAAAAAUAAAAAAUAUUUUGCAAGUUUAAUUUCGGUGAACUGGCCACUUAACACAAAGCCAGUGCCAGAAUGACAGCCAUGGUCAGGCUUCUAUGCCGGUACCUAUGCAAGAAACCUGAGCGAGUGCCUGUGUUCAUUUGGUCAGUAAAGACUGUCAUAAAUGGCAGUGUCGCUAAAUUGUAAACAUCAACAUAUUGAAUGUAAGAUUUGGCUAAAUAUCUAUUUUGUUAUCAUCCAACCACAUCUAAUUUAAAUAAUUGUGUUACUACCCAUUGUCUAAUUUAGCAAUAUUUUAGUCACAGGAACAGGUAUCUCAGGCACGAACAAGAAGCCCUACUGCACUUGUCAAUGGAGAAUCAACACUGGGACCAAGGACCGCAAGAAAAAGGAGGCAUGAAACCAUUGAAGCUGCUGCCAAAAUUCAUGGGAGCUCAAAUGAACAUUCCUCAGCCUCUUUCGAGGGAAUGUUUGACACUCUGCAAAAGAGAUGCACGUUAGAUAAGUUAACAAAAAUGUGA